CUAGCAAUUUUCUCCUUCCGACUUUGCUAUCUCUAUAAUUCCCUAGCUUUUUUAGUACUUUUAAGAAUUUCAGCCAUGGCUGAGAAUCUUGCAACCAAUGGAAGCCAUGUUCUCAAUGUUGAAAAUGAUAAACCUUGCUCCAAUACCAAUCAAGAAUCAAGCAGUAGCUUUUUCUAUGUACCCUUUAUGCAGAAGGCGACAUAAAUCUUGUUACUUUCCUUAAUUUUUGGUUCAAGCGUACAAUUGAAAAAUGUGAUCUCUUAGUUUUAAAAUGAUUCCAUCAAAUGUUUAAAGUUGAGAUCUUUUUAUUUUCAGGUAAUUGCUUAGGUGUUGGGGACAUACUUUUUUAUAUUUACGGGUUGUGAGUCUGUGGUGGUGAAUUUGAACACAGAAAAUACGGUGUCGUUUCCAGGGAUUGCAAUAGUUUGGGGACUGGUUGUGAAGGUCAUGAUUUACUCUGUUGGUCACAUCUCUGGUGCUCAUUUCAAUCCUGCUGUCACUAUUGCUUUUGCUGCUACCAAGAGAUUUCCAUGGAAACAGGAUGAGAUGGAAAUGGCAAAGGCUGGUGGGGACGUUGUGGUGGAGAAGUCUAAUACAUGUGAAGAAUGUGGUGCUAGUCUCAUUGGGGAGAAAAUUCUCGAGUGUCUCUGGUGGGUGGAUGAAAAUUCUGGGAAUCUUGGAUACCUCAGAGUCUGAAAGCCCUUUGACACCAAUUUUCAGGUCAUCAAAAGCAUACAAUUCUUUUUAUUUUUCUGCAGUACUGUAUUCCUCAUCUGCCAUCUUAACUUUGUUGGUUAGUUGAGAGGUUUUGGCUGGAACUGUGUUGGUUAUUGUAAUUAGUAUGUUGUCUUUCAAUUCCAAUAUUAUGUAAAUCAAGCUUCUUACCCUAGAUGGAUGCACAGCUCUGAUACCAUAAAGAACAGAAGAAGAAGAUAGGAAUUAAACUGAUAUUCGUGGGCUCACAAGGAAGAGGAAGAUGAAUAUGACAAAUUUGGGCGAUUUAUGGUUAUGUGUUCUUAUACUCAAUAGUUCUUCAAUUUGUUUUUGUGCUUUUUGUUUAUCAAAUUUGAUGUGAUUGGUAAUUAAAUUUAAUUCAGAUUUACCAUUUGCUUGUUUCUGGGAUGUGAGAGUUGCUCUGGUUUUUCUUGGUUUUGUUUGAGGUUACAUAUAGUGAUAAUCGUAGGGCUCUAUACACGAGUCACCAACAGGAGCCUAAAAACAGUAGACGUUUCAGAGCAUUUCUUGUCUUUGUUUAUUAAUCUAUCAUCAGAAAAUACAAUAUUGUUCUAUAGAUGGACCAUAAUUUUAGCAUUUCUAAAUCGGCAAAUAGAUUAGUACAUUACUGAUAUCUAGCCAUACAAACUUAGCAUUACUAUACUAUGGCAAAGAAAGUUACACUCCACUGAAGCACA